UCUUCAGCAGUUGGUUCGGUGUUAAGUUCAUCUGCCGAAACAAUUUUGCCGUUUUUUUUGUCUUUGGUACGUUAUGGUGUCUAGCGAUGCUGUUAAGGGAGUGUGGGGCGGCUGCAACACCUUCGUGAAUCGCAGGGUAGAUGCUGGUGUUGUACGGCAAGAUAGCGCAGCGAACGGGCGGGCUAUUACCGCUAUUAGAUGUUUCUUGCAGCAGAGGGGGAGGGCGUGUGCGUCGACGUUGGAAUCGAAACGCCGACGGGCAGAUCACGAACGAAUGCCUCCCACCCCCCCAGCUAAGUAAACGUGCAGCCACCGGUGUUAGUCAAUGAUGGUGUUGCCGCAACAUCUCAAGGGUUGUAGUGGUGUUGAGGUGUUUCGUCUACUGCAUUGAGAACGGGCCGCCCAGUCGGACAGCGUUCAUUGCUGCGAAGGUUGUUUCCGUAUUGCGGUGAAAAGUGGUACCUUGCGCCCACACGCACCCACUUCUCGGAGAUAUCUUUGGCGAAUUCCAUUGUCUCGAAGUGCGGUUGGUGUUGUUGCUGCUGUAGUUUUUGAUGAUUUUUUUGUUCAAGACUGCUUGCUGUGAGUAUCGUCUACACAGGGUUUCCACGCAUGUCCUUUGAUGUUGAACACGACGGCGUGUCGCUGUGUUUCCUCCAAAUAAUGUAAUGCGCUUCGCGUAGCCGCGCGCAUUCGCUCACAUUCAAGAACGUUGAUAUGUGCUAGUGAAUGCGAGUGGAUGCUAGUUCAUGCGUGAAUUUUACCGUUGUUAUUCUCUCGUGUAUGUCUUCGCAAUUCAGAUAUAAGCGUGUGCAAUUUUUUUCUUUUUUUCUCAUUUCUUCGCGGCGUUGGUGUCUCAUUCGCUUCCUUUGGCGGCCAUCCCUCCUGUGGGUCUGUUCACCGCGUUUCUUUCACACGAAAGGGCGUGCCUUCCGACCUUGCGUUGUUAAUGAUGACCUUGAGGGAGUGGUAUGAAGUGGAGAAAUACUGCCGUUUAGGAGGGCGGGUAAUCUGUUAUGACUUUCACUUUUCUAUUGUAGGAUGCAGAUUUCUUCUUUUUUUUUGUGCUUUCCUGAGUAUCGUAGGUGACAUGCAACGAGCUGAAGCAGCCAUGCGUUUGGCUUAACGUGAGACUUUGAGGCAUUUACAGCGGAGGAGGGUCGACUAUCGAGGUGCUAUGCCAGGUGUAUAGAAGUGGGCAACCACCAUCUCGAAGAGUUCGAGAAUCAGCACGACGAACGUUCGCUAUACAUCCGUCUUUCCGCAAGAGUGAUGUCUCGAAUAAGCUUUUCCGUU